GUUGUUUGGUUGAACUCCAAAUUCUGCUUUGUAAAGAAUUAAGUUUUCCAAACAAACAUUAUAACUAGGAAGUGAAAAGGUUUGUAAAGUGAUGAACUAUAUUCGUUUAGAUGAGGUUAUUUUUAGGUAGAAGAACACGAUUUCAUCUGUUUGUGAAGAAUUAAUACCAUUUUCUAGUAAUAUUGACAGUUUAGUGACCAACUAAACAGUUUUGAGUGCUAGAAACUCCUCCGAAGAAAGGAAAUCGGCAAUUUGUGUGUCGUAAUGCGACAUUUCAGCGCGUUGGGUCGUACGUUUGUUAUAGUACCGCUCGAAUAUAUAAGUUUUAACGUGGACCGCCACUGGUACGUUUGAACGUUGGCGCGUUUCAAACUGAGCAUGGGCGAGGUGGAGGAGAAUCCGUCUCUCAACCGUGUCACGUAUUCGCGCUGAGGAUUGUGGUACAUUGUGUGAGGAAGGAGAGCUCAAGAUGGCCGUCGUCUUGCGGUCUAUAUUAUAGCAUCAGUGAAAAUUUUACUUGUGAUCUAAUUAUUCGUUGUAUUUUGUGAUUGAAUCAUUAAUACUUUACUAUAGUGUUAACUUUAAUCGAGUGUGAUUCAAUCUGUAGUGUCUCGUGUACAGUUUUAUACUCCUUUGGAAGAGAAUAGCACGCGAGGAAAGUUGGCAAAUGGCAGCCAUUUCGUAUGAUCAAAUAAAAUAGAUGAACAAUCAGGUCAAUAAUUUCGGAGUGAAUAUUUAUUCUGUUACUGAUAAUUAUUCGAUAAAUUCACUGUCGACUCUUAAUUGCAUCGUGCAAUAAUCAAAAUUUGUUGUUAAAUACUUCAGUAUCGCCAAUUUUGCACGAGUUUUCACUUCCAAGGAUGCAUCAGGAGGGGUCAGAUGAGGAAUCAGGAUCGGGAUCAGACAGGAACGCAACAUCUGACAAGGAUAAGAGUGAUGACAAUGAGUCAAAGAGUGGCAGUGAUGCCGAAUCGGGCAAGAGUGAUGGAGAAGAAUCAAACAAAAGUGACAAAGAGUCCAACAAGAGCGAUGUUGAGUCCAAUAAAAGUGAUGCAGAAUCCAACAAGAGUGAUGCUGAAUCCAACAAGAGUGGUGGUGAAUCUAAUAAGAGCGGUGCAGAAUCAAAGAAAAGUAAAGGUUCCUCAUCUGGAUCAGAAAGUGAUUCUGGAUCAAGCUCAGAUAAUGAUGGUUCUUCAAAAUCCAAGAGUGGGAGUGGCAGUGAGUCCGAAAGCAAGUCAACAACCACCAACUCUAGUCCAUCAAAAACCAACCAGAAAUAUGUUAAGGCUUGGGAAGAGAAUCCUGAUGUGUAUGGUAUUAGGAGAUCAGGACGUAGUAGGAAAGAACCAGAACGUCUGAAGGUCGCUGAGAGUGACAGUAGCGAUAAAGGCAGAAGAAAAUCUACCUCCAAAAAAUCACCGAGCAAGACGUGGAACUCAGACUCUACUGAUUAUGACAGCUCGACUGAUAGAGAUGUGCCACCUCCAAGAAGUAAACCUCCCAGCAGACGAACUGCCAGAUCUCAACCCAAAAAGCGACCAUCCCCCAAGAAAGCCACCUCCAACAAACGGCGAUCUUACUCGUCAUCUGAGGAAUCAAAUUACUCUUCAGAUGAUGACAAGUCAAAGAGAUCCAAAUCAAGGCGGGGGGCGACUGUCAGCUACAAGGAGGACAGUGAGGACAAGACAGACUCUGAUGACCUCGUGGAUGUAGAGUACGCUGAGCCUGACCCCGCUGCAGUUGACAAUGCUGAGACUAUAGAAAGAGUUCUGGCUCAACGUCGUGGCAAGAAGGGAGUGGUAGGUAACAUAACAACAAUGUAUGCAAUGGAAGAAAAUGGAGACCCAAAUGCUGACUGUGAUCCUAACGACCUUGAGAAUACGGAAAAACAAUACCUCAUCAAGUGGAAAGGCUGGUCACACAUUCACAACACAUGGGAGUCAGAGCAAUCACUUAAAGAUCAAAAGGCCAAAGGAAUAAGGAAGUUGGAAAAUUUCAUAAGAAAAGAAGAAGACAUAGAGUACUGGAAAAAACUCACAACUCCUGAAGACAUUGAAUACUAUGAGUGCCAGUUGGAGUUGACACAAGAGCUUCUGAAAAGUUACAACAGGGUGGAAAGGAUUAUUGGUAUUUCCAAAGAUCAUGCAGAGUACUAUAUCAAGUGGGAAUCGUUACCAUAUAGUGAAGCGACUUGGGAAGAUGCUGGCCUCAUUGAGAGGAAGUGGCCAAAGAAGAUUAAAGAAUUCAGGGAUAGAGAAGACUCAAAGAGGACACCUUCAAAAUUGACAAAAGCACUGAAAAGUCGUCCAAAGUUCAUCAAAAUCAACGAGCAACCUGAGUAUAUGGGUGGGCAAGAGGUGUUGACACUGAGAGACUACCAAAUUAGCGGUCUAAACUGGCUAGUACAUUCGUGGUGCAAGGAGAAUUCUGCUAUUCUAGCAGACGAGAUGGGCCUAGGAAAAACUAUACAGACGAUUUGUAUGCUCUACUACCUGUUCCACACACAUCAGGUAUAUGGGCCGUUUCUCGUGGUGGUACCUCUGUCCACCAUGACAUCAUGGCAAAGAGAGCUAUCACUGUGGGCACCCGAGAUGAAUGUGGUCACUUACAUUGGAGAUGUUACUUCUCGCAACAUUAUCCGAGAUCACGAGUGGAUGUUCGCAACAUCCAAGCGGCUCAAGUUCAACGUGGUACUGACCACGUACGAGAUCGUCCUGAAGGACAAAGCAUUCCUGGGUAGCCUAGGGUGGGCAGUGCUGAUGGUAGAUGAGGCUCAUCGGCUCAAGAAUGAUGACUCGCUGCUGUACAAGACUCUACGUGAGUUUGAUACCAAUCAUCGGCUGCUCAUCACCGGCACUCCGCUACAGAACUCUCUCAAAGAGCUGUGGGCACUGUUGCACUUCAUAAUGCCUCAAAAAUUUAAUAACUGGGAAGAGUUUGAGAAGGAACAUGAUCAUGCAGCUGCCAAGGGCUAUGCCAAACUACACAAGCAGCUGGAACCUUUCAUUUUAAGAAGAGUUAAAAAAGAUGUUGAGAAAUCUCUUCCUGCCAAGGUGGAACAAAUCCUUCGGGUCGAGAUGACAUCCAUACAGAAGCAAUAUUACAAGUGGAUUCUGACAAAAAACUACAAUGCUCUAAGGAAGGGCAACAAAGGCUCGCCUGGUGUCUUUGUCAACAUUGUAAUGGAGUUAAAGAAAUGUUGUAAUCAUGCCUCACUUACCAAGCCUAUGGAAUUCGAGGGGAGAGUUUCAACUGAUGAUCACAUCCAGCAACUUAUCCGAGGCUCAGGCAAGCUGGUGUUGCUGGACAAGUUGUUAGUACGGCUCCGGGAGACAGGUCACCGUGUGCUAAUCUUCUCACAGAUGGUUAUCAUGUUGGACAUACUGGCUGAGUACCUUCAGAUGCGACACUUCCCGUUUCAACGACUGGAUGGCAGGAUUAAAGGAGAGCUCCGAAAACAAGCGUUGGACCACUUCAAUGCAGAGAACUCUCCAGAUUUCUGUUUCUUGCUAUCUACACGUGCUGGUGGUCUUGGUAUCAAUCUAGCAACUGCAGACACUGUAGUCAUCUUCGACUCAGACUGGAAUCCUCAAAACGAUCUACAGGCUCAGGCCAGAGCACAUCGAAUUGGUCAAAAAAAUCAGGUUAAUAUCUACAGGUUAGUGACUAAGAGCAGCGUGGAGGAAGAUAUCAUUGAGAGAGCGAAAAAGAAGAUGGUGCUGGACCAUUUGGUGAUACAGCGUAUGGACACUACUGGUCGAACAGUGCUGGAUAAGAAGAGUGGGUCCAACAACACACCAUUCAACAAAGAGGAGCUAACUGCUAUUCUCAAGUUUGGUGCCGAGGAACUCUUUAAGGAUGAGGAGAAUGCUGAUGAAGAACCAACUUGUGACAUAGAUGAGAUCCUGCGGCGUGCAGAGACUGCAGAGGAUGCACCAGCCACAGCAGGGGACGAGCUACUAUCAGCCUUCAAGGUUGCAUCUUUUGCCGCUUUCGAGGAGGACCAGAACACACAGAGUGAACAGGAGCCAGAGGAAGAAACGAGAGACUGGGAUGAAAUCAUUCCAAUGGACUAUCGGCAAAAAGUUGAAGAAGAAGAGAAAGCCAAAGAAAUGGAGGACCUAUACUUACCACCUCGCAGUCGAAAAACCCUCCAGCAAAUCAAUCAGUCUGAAAGCGAUGGUGAGGGAAGCGGUAGGGGCAAAAAGAGGAAAAAGAGAACUGACUCAGAAUCUGGAAGUGAGGAAGGCAGUGAUGAAGAAAGGCCAAAGAAACGGGGCAGGCCUCGACAGGCUAAUAAAGAGAUCAUUAAAGGCUUUACAGAAGCUGAGAUCCGAAGGUUUGUAAAAAGCUAUAAGAAAUUCCCAGCACCCAUGAAGCGGCUGGAGGCAAUUGCGUGCGAUGCUGAGCUACAGGAGAAGCCACUAGCCGAGCUGCGCAAAUUGGGAGACAUGCUGCGGGAACGAUGUCAAGCGAGUGUGGGCGAGCAGCAAGCACAGAAGGAAAAUGAAAAUGAAGACAGCAACCUCUCUGGACCACCUGGGAAGAGAAGAGGGAGAGGACCCUCAAUAAAGUUUGGAGGAGUUUCGGUGAAUCCUAAAACUCUUUUAGCCAUUGAAAAGGAGCUGGAACCUCUUGACAUGGAGUUACCACCUGAUCCUGAAGAAAGGUCAAAAUGGACUAUGACCUAUCCAACAAAAGCAGCCAACUACGACGUGGAGUGGGGAGCAGUAGAGGACAGUGCUCUGCUGCGAGGAGUGUACCAGUACGGGCUGGGUUCUUGGGAGGCCAUUAAGAUGGAUCCUUCACUGGGUAUCAGUGAGAAGAUUCUGGCAAAUGAUGACAAAAAACCACAGGCAAAACAUCUGGACAUGAGAGCUCAGUACUUGCUAAAGAUACUGCGUAAACGAAGCGGAGGUGCCGAUGCCAAGAAACCUCAGAAAAGAAAGCCAAGAGCCACUACAAAAGUGGAUCCACCGAUGAAGAAACCAGUGUCUAAGGAGAUAAUUGAAGAUGACAGUUCAGGAGCUGAAGAGAAACCUGUUGUUCCCACGGCCAGUACUGCCACUACAGUCACGGAAACAAACCACACCAAGGAGACUCCACCUAAGGUUAAAGUGGAAGAAUCUGAUGUGGACAAGCACAAACCUGACAAGAAAAAGAAGGAUGUAAUACCUAAGAAAAAGAGAAAGAAAGGAAGUGAUGGGCCAAUGCAUUUUACAGCCAAUAGUGAACCAAGAGCUUUGGAUGUCCUUGGUGAUCUGGAUCCAUCGAUAUUUAACAAGUGCAAGGAUCUUAUGCGGCCAGUGAAGAAGGCAUUGAAGGCACUGGACAAUCCAGACCAGUCACUCAGUGAGCAGGAGCAGUUGCAAACGACACGAGGACAUCUGGUACAGAUUGGUGACCAGAUCAAUAAGUGUCUCACACAGUACAAAGAUCCCGAUCAUAUCAAGGAGUGGCGGAGCCAUUUGUGGGAUUUUGUUUCUAAAUUCACUGAGUACGACGCAAAGAAACUUUUCAAACUUUAUAAACAUGCCGCUAAGAAAGUUAAACCUGAAAAAGAAGUGGAAGAAAAGAAUAAAAGUUCCGAGAAUAAGGAGUCAAGUGACCAUAAAAAGCAUCAUAAAAAGAAAACAGAGGAAGAGAAAAGCAAUAGUGAAGGUCAGAAUUCCUCAUCAAAAAAGACGUCUACACUACCACCAAUCCCAAGGAAUUCCGACAAGGAUGAACGUAAGGUGGGUGAGAAAGACAGGCCAAAGGACAAGGAGAAGGGGGAGAAGAGACCAAAGUUGGAGGCGGGGGGGACGCCACAGGUGCAAAGGAACUCUGGGGGGUUCCGUCCGGGCUCUGGGGAUGCAAGACCCCCUGGACCUGUCAACUCCCCCCAUUCCAGGCCGACAGAUGGGGCGGGUGAUCGCUGGAAUGCUAACAGGUAUGGCACUGACCACAAAAGAGACCGGGACAGGUUCGAGCCUUAUCAGAGGAUGCAGGGUCCUGGCAGUGGUUACAACCGGGAACGAGACAGAAACAGAAGACCGCAUGACAAGUCCAGGUUUCAUCAAGGGAUGAAUCCCGGCUAUGGGGAACCACUACGGUCCUGGAUAUGAGCAAGGCGGGGGAGCCAUGUAUCCGAGGGAACGGUACCCUGGACCUUCUAAUUUUGGAGGAGACUGGCGGCGGGAUAGCAGCAAGGAACGGGGUCCUGAUACCGCAACCGCAAUAGAGACUAUGACAGAAGACCCCCAGGCCCAAAUACGUAGUGACCCCAGUGUAUAGAUGUACAGUGUCAUAGUUUACCCUAGACAGACCAACAAAUUUAUUUUUGUUUUCAGCUCUGUAAUACUGAUGAUUUCAUUUCUCUUUUGUAUAAAAUCGUACAUAAUAGUGAUAAAAAGUAAACAAAAUCAUUAUAAAUUUGUUUUUAGUGUAGUUUUUAUUUUUCUACGAAUUAUUGAUGACGAUCAUUUUUAUUGUUUUCCAUUCUAUUUAAUCAGAACAUUAUCAAUAAUUUAGUCCUAAUUUUAAAAAUAACAUUUGUGAUCCGCAUUGUAGUCUUAUAAUUGUUCUCUUUUUUAUUUAUUUUAAAUAUUCUUUGUUGUACAAAGAAUAUGUAAAUGAGGUUAAGAACCAAUUGUGUACAGUAAAGGUCUUGUGAUGAUUACCUCUUUUUUUACAAAAAACUUGUUAUUGAUAACUCGUAUUUAUUGGAUUAUUAUUAUUAUGUAGGAGAUAGUAAAUAAUCAUUACGUUAUCACAUGAUUACAAACCAAUUUGUUUGUGUGAUUUGUAGAGAGGGAAGAGUGGACAGAUGUUUAGUUAUGUUGCAUAUUAUUUAUGUUUCACGUAUAGUUAUUUGUAUAUACUUUUUUAAGGUAUUUUAGGAAUGAGAAAUUACAUAUAUUUCUGUACUAAUCACACAUAUUAUCAAUGUCAAUAGAUUACAAUAAUUAUUAAAAUUUUAGUAAUUAAAACUGUUUUAUUGCAAAUUCUUAUUUUUCUAUAGUACUUUUAAAGUUCCUUAGCAAUUAAUUGCUACAGUUAAAGUACAACUAAGUUUAUAAUUAUGUAGGAUAAAGAUUACAUAACGUAUUACAAUUAAUUGAGAUCCAACAGUUUUAACUAGGGCACUCACUACAUUAAGAUUACAGAAUUUAUUUUGUUGUAAAUUGUCUACAAGUGUAUAAAUGAGCUAAAAAAUCAAUAUUGUUUUGAUGUACAAUGUUCUAAAAAUUAUUUUCACCUUUUUCUAUCUAACACAUAUUACAUUAAAAUAUUGAUAUUGUUUUAUUUAUUUAUAAGUCCAUUUUCCAGUUGUAAAUUCUAGUAUUUAAAUUCCAACAGUUUGUACAAGAAAAACAUAAACACUGUUUUAAGACGCUUCAUCCAUAGCGUAUUUAAUAUCCUGUUUUCUCUGCUUCUUGCCACUUGAUAGAUUGUAUCAUACAUUGUUUAUUUAGCAUUGGAAAGGCGUAUUAAUUAAAUUAUGUAUUUAAAAAAUAUAUAAGUGCAUUGAAUAAUUGUUUUUUGUUUCAGUAUUGUUAGAGGAACUACCACAUACUUAUCUUAAUUAAAUAAAACCAAAGUACUGUACCGUAAUUAAUUUUGCAAUGUGUAGCAAAUUUAGAAGAAACAUUAUGGCCUCUUUCUAAUCAGUAAUUAAUGAAAACUAGGAAUCAGAUGUGGUUAGUUCUGUCUAGGACUAGUUGGUUGGUGGUGGUAUUGCAAUGAAUGUGCAAUACAGAUUUAUCAUGCUGUUGACAUGAGCUUUUUGGAUAUAUAGGAAGUAUAGUAAUAUUGGAUAUAAAUGUAAUAAGAGAAAAAAUGUUUUAAUGAUUCACUUCAUCACAAAGGGUGCCUCAAUUAGUUAUUGCAUGUUCCUAAUAGACAAAAUUAAAAAAUUGGGCGUCUCACACUCAAUAUCUUAAAUGUCUUGAAUCGCAAAUAGAUAAACAAUUGUCAUAAUUAUUAUUUUUAACUAUCAAUAUUUCAUUAAAAAUCAUGUUGGAGAACUGAAAGGAAAUGCUGAGCCAUAAGAAUAGUAGAAAUUGUGCUUAGAUUAAUAGGUUUACAGUAAUUAACUACAGAAUGCACAAAACUUGCUGGGCUCGUUAAUUUUUCUCUAUCUUUUUUCUUUAUUAAUGCUUGUUUAAAUUUAUAGGGAUCACAUAUGAAAUGCCAAGGAAUAGCUCACAGAAAGAUUGGAGGAGUAAGCAGUAGAUCAAAUUAUUUAUCUUGAUAAUCAUCUCUAAUAUAGUAAAUUACUUCACGACAAUUUUUAUUUUGAGGCAAAAUAUUCAAACUGUUACAAAUAAUUCUAUGAGAUAUCCAUAAUUAAUAAUAAUUAGAAUCAAGUGGCAUUAAAAACUGAUUUCCAACACAUUCCCAUUUCCUCAUUCUGAUUUAAGUUGUCAUAAGGUGAUUGUGGAUUGCUGUAUGUAUAAAACUAAGAAGAAAAUAAAAAUAUUUUCUUGUUCAAUAUAAGUCUGUAAUUCAAUUGUGAGUAGCAAUGAAGAAAAAAAUCAAAUAGCACCACAAAAUCUUCAAUUUGUCCAUCCCCAAUAAUAAUAAUAAUGGCUCAAUAUAAGAAAUAAAUUUAAGGCUUUUAAUUAACAUUUUUACCUAAAAUGUAAGUAUAUUUUGCAUUUGACCUUUCUAUUUCUUUUGUUAAAAUUUUGUUUUAGAUAAAACAAGACUAAAUUUAAAUUAAAUUAGGCUUGCAAAUGUAUUAUUAAUUUAGUAAAAAGAACAAUUUACUUAUUAAUUAUAUUAUAAUUUGUGUCCAAAAUAUAAUUUUAGAAACCAUUUAAUGAUAGGGCAAAUUAUUUUAAAUUAAAAAAUUUGUUAAAUAGUUUAAAGAUACAUUGUAAUAAUUUAAAAAUUAUUGUUAUAAUUCUUGUACAAAUACUUUCACAUAUAGAUAAAGCCAUGUAUUUAAAGUCAAACAUAACCAGAUGGAUGGGAUUUGUGUAGAAUGUAGUAAACAUAUACGUUAAAUGUUACUUUUAAAAUAUGCAAAUUAUGUACAAUUGUUAGUUUAAAUGGUUUGGUUUAAUUGUUCCAGUUUUUAUGUUCAAAAUACCAACAGUGGUGUUGCAAAAGAUAUGAAAAGGAAGUAUAAUGGCAGAAUAAAGCUUGAUUAAGCCUUAAAGGAUAAAAUUAUGAUAUUUCAAUGUUUUAGGAUUGGAAAUGUAAGCCUUACAAUAUUAAUAUAUUAACACCAUCCCAAGAUCUCCAAGUGGUGUACAAAGUAAUUAAAAAAUUUUCAGGGAUAACUUUGUUACAUAAUAGAAUUGUUCACUGUAGUUGCGUGGUAAAGUCACAGUAUAUUGAUAUUUUGCCAUUACUAUAAGUUUACUUAAGACAAAGUGGGAGAGGAAAGUAAAUAAGACAAAGUUAGUGUUGCACACAAACACUUCAAGAGGAAAAUGGUCCAUAUAAAAAUGUUUAUUGAUUGUGUAUCUGCAGAAGGUUUUGUCUGUGUGAUAUUAGGAUUAAGAGGUCAUAAGAUUUGAUUCGCAAGUUUCACGCUUGUGGGUUGAAGGUUUUUGGGAUCAGAAUAUUUUGGCUUUUGGUAUCUGUGACUGUUCAUGCAUUUACAGAGGUUAGGUCUAAAUACUGACCAAGGUUCUGCUUGUUGUAGUACAGCUAAACACUGCUCUGGCUAAUAUAAUGCCUCGGUAAACGCAUAAGUGGUCACAGACAUGGCUAGGUCUGAAACAUGUGACAAACAUUUCCCUUCAAUGUAUUACCUCACCAGGUUUACAUUCCUUAACCUUCCUUCGAAUUUGGUCUUCACCCAAAUUCAGUAAUCAUUUUCAUACAACCCAAUUUCCUGUUUGAUGUGUAACAGCUGUCACCUUGAAGGAGGAACUUUUCUUGUUGGAAAACAGAUAAUUGCUGUAAAAGAAAAGACCCAAAUGGCCAAUCAUUUCAAUUGUAUUGCCAAGGCCUAAAAGAUUCCAUCAGCAUCUUUGAUAAGGAAAUGCUUUGUACAAUAUUAUAAAAUUAUUGGAAAAUUGUGUAUUUUCUUUUACAGCAAUAAUAAAUCAAAUUCAAGUCACAGUUUCUACCUUGUGUUAUUGGCCUUCUAUUCUCACCAAAUUUUAAGGAAAGCCUCUAAACACAAACAUUAAAAUUGGUAAACAAAUUAAAUAUUGUAAUCACUUUUAUAGUAUCUUCUUUCAAAUUUUAUAUUUAAUGUUAUCCUAGUGUAAUUUUAUGUUUAAACCUUGUGAAGCUGUCAUUUCCUGUAUAUUUCUUGCUUGCUGUCCCAGAAUCUUACCUAAUCCAUGUUAAAUAAGAAACAAUACCUACUUAUAAACAGUUUAAAUUUAUGUGACCCGUUCAUAAUUAUUAUUUGUUAUGAUAAUGGACUAAUCCUUCAAUAAGAAGUUUAUUUGUAUAAAUUUACAUGCAUUUAUACAGUAUUGAAAUUGUGUAUUAGGUCUUUGAGAUAUGAUUUCUUACCAACACUCAGGCCUCACAAACAUAAAAGUCACAUCUACUGUACAGAAGAUCAUGAAAUAAUUAUAAUCGCUGAAACAUUACAGCUUUCUGUAUAUAUUGCAGUUGUAUAUUUUAAGGUGAUGUAUAUUUUUUGUUGAAUAAUAAAAUGUAUGCAAAAGCA